AUGAGUCCAUUUCGCCUCGUCUACGGGAGGGCUUGUCAUCUUUCAGUGGAGGUAGAACACAAAGCAUACUCGGUGGUGAAGGAAUGCAACUUUAGAUUAGGGAGAGCCGGCAUUGAAAGGAAGCUGCUACUACAAGAAUUAGAGUGCCUUCGACUGGAGGCGUAUGAGAACUCACGGCUCUACAAGGAAAAGGUGAAAGCGGUGCAUGACAAUAAUAUCAAGAGAAGAGAGUUUAGAGUUGGGGAUCUGGUUGAGCUUUAUGGCGUCUUCUAUCUGAGUUAUCCGUCAAGCCCCAACUUCUUCAAGGUGAAUGGCCACCGCUUGAAGCAAUAUCAUGGUGAGAAGUUGGAAAGGAAUAAGGAGUUGGAGAUCUUUCUCUUGAAGGAUCCAGCACAAGAAGAGGACUAA